AAUUCGAAGCCUUUGGACCCGUUUCUGUUCCAUUCUUUCUUCUCUGCCUCAUUUAAGCUUCUCCUUCCAUUGUUCCUCUCUUCUACUCUUCAAAUCUAAUAUUUUGGUUUGCAAAAACGUACCAAAAAUGGCUGACGGUGAAGACAUUCAACCUCUUGUUUGCGACAAUGGAACUGGAAUGGUUAAGGCUGGUUUUGCUGGGGAUGAUGCACCUCGAGCUGUGUUCCCCAGCAUUGUUGGUCGUCCACGUCACACCGGUGUGAUGGUUGGCAUGGGACAAAAGGAUGCUUACGUUGGAGAUGAAGCUCAAUCCAAACGUGGUAUUCUAACUCUCAAGUACCCUAUUGAGCACGGCAUUGUCAACAACUGUGACGACAUGGAGAAGAUCUGGCAUCACACUUUCUACAACGAGCUCCGUGUUGCUCCCGAGGAGCAUCCCGUUCUCCUCACCGAAGCACCUCUCAACCCUAAAGCUAACCGUGAGAAGAUGACCCAAAUCAUGUUUGAGACAUUCAAUGCCCCGGCCAUGUACGUGGCUAUUCAGGCUGUGCUCUCCCUUUACGCCAGUGGUCGUACAACCGGUAUCGUGCUUGACUCUGGAGAUGGUGUGAGCCACACGGUUCCUAUCUACGAGGGCUAUGCACUUCCACAUGCCAUCCUACGUCUUGAUCUCGCGGGUCGUGACCUUACCGACGCGUUUAUGAAGAUCCUAACCGAGCGUGGCUACUCUUUCACCACCACAGCAGAGCGUGAAAUCGUCAGAGACAUAAAGGAGAAGCUCUGCUACAUUGCUCUUGACUACGAGCAGGAGCUAGAGACAUCCAACACAAACUCAUCUGUUGAGAAGAACUACGAGAUGCCUGAUGGACAAGUGAUCACCAUCGGUGCUGAGCGGUUCCGUUGCCCUGAGGUUCUUUACCAGCCGUCUAUGAUUGGUAUGGAGAAUCCAGGUAUCCAUGAAACAACCUACAACUCCAUAAUGAAGUGUGAUGUCGACAUCAGAAAGGACUUGUAUGGUAACAUCGUCCUCAGUGGUGGAACUACAAUGUUCCCGGGGAUUGCUGAUAGAAUGAGCAAGGAGAUCACUGCUUUGGCUCCAAGCAGCAUGAAGAUCAAAGUUGUUGCACCUCCGGAGAGGAAAUACUCUGUCUGGAUUGGAGGGUCCAUCUUGGCCUCACUCAGUACCUUCCAGCAGAUGUGGAUUGCAAAGGCUGAGUAUGAUGAGUCAGGCCCAUCUAUUGUUCACAGGAAGUGCUUCUAAGUAUGAACUUCAUCAUUUUUCAGACAAGAAGCGAGUUACUCUUUGUUUUUCUGUUCUUUCAUUUUCAUCUUAUUGAGUUCAACUGUCUUUUGAGUUAAUAAUGAUUUUUUUUAAGAGAGUUAAUAAUGAUUAAUGACACAUCUUUCUCUUUAUAAAUUAUAAUACAGGAAUGUGUUUCAUGUGCUCUAUGUUUUAUAUUUUCUACACUUUUAUCAAUUAAAGUUAUGAACUGUGGA